AUGGACAUCAAAAUAGAGAAUGAUGAUUCUAGAAAUCAGGAGGAUGAAGAAAGGCUGCCACUUCUGAGAAAUAGUGAGGUGCCAGAAGCAGAGAGGAAUCUGAUUCAGAAAGCCAUUAGUCAGACAUUUCAGAGCACUGCCCAUUUGGCCAACCUUUUACCAACUGGCACAGUCCUUGCUUUCCAGCUUCUGUCCCCGAUCUUCACAAAUCUUGGCAACUGUGACUCUGUCAGCAAAGCCAUGACUGCUGCACUUGUAUCUCUCUGUGGUGCCUCAUGCUUCCUGUUAUGUUUAACUGAUAGCUUUAGAGACAACAAGGGGAACAUCUGUUAUGGGCUUGCGACCCUCAGGGGCCUGUGGAUCAUUGAUGGAUCAACCACCCUUCCACCUCAACUUGCUGCAAAAUAUAGCCUGAAGUUCAUAGAUUUCAUGCAUGCAGUGAUGUCAGUUUUGGUGUUUGCAGCAAUUGCUUUGUUUGAUCAGGAUGUGGUGAAUUGCUUCUUUCCAGCACCCUCAACUGAGAUACAGGAAAUCCUCACAGUAUUGCCAGUUGGCAUUGGCGUUUUGGGCAGCAUGUUCUUUGUUGCGUUUCCUACACAGAGACAUGGAAUUGGCUUCCCCCUUUCAACAAAUUAA